CUCCGGAAUCCAGAUCCCCCAGUCACCCACCCACCACCGCCUUCUCUUUCCUUCUUCUUCUUGGCUUCCGGCCGCUGAUUCCGUGCGGAGAUUCUUGGUGGCGUUUGUUCGUUCUUGCGCGCAUGGGGCUGGACGUGGGGGAGAUCGGGAUGGGCCUGGAUCCGGGGCUGGACCUGAGGCUCUUCGCGGCGCGGGGCGCCGGCCGGAUGGCGGCGGCGGCGAAGGGGGGGCCAGCGUCUGUGGACGCCUGCAUCAGGAGUCUCGAGGAGGAGCGCAGCAAGAUCGAGGUGUUCAGGCGCGAGCUCCCGCUCUGCGUGCGCCUCGUCGCCGACGUGAUCGAGGAGUUGAAGGAGGAGGCCGCAAAGAGAAGCGCAGGUGGAAGCGCCGAGGUGAAAACGGACGACGGCGACAAGAUGAAAUGGAUGAGCACGGCGCAGCUCUGGGUGGACAGCGACGCCAAAUCGGAGGAGUCCGAGAAGGAGCAGCAGAGUGAGAUCACCUCGCCGGAGCCCAAGUUGCUCGGUGGUGCGCCCGUGCCGUUAAGGGCCGUUGCAGCGGUGCCGCCCCCGCCGCCUCCCUACUUCAGGAGGGAAGACAAUGCUGCCGGCACUGUCGGGCUGCCUGGUCUGACGUUGCUGUCACCGGCUGUCAAGAAGCCGCUUUCUCCGGCUGCUGCCGGUGAUGAACACCGGCAGAACGUCACUGCAAGAUUCACCGCCACCAUGCCACCAUCGGGCCCAGCGCUCAGCUUGCAUGCUCAGACUCAAAAGCAACAGCAGGUGGCGAGGAAGGCGAGGCGGUGCUGGUCGCCGGAGCUUCACCGGCAGUUUGUUGCUGCCUUGCAUCAACUCGGCGGCACCCAAGUUGCUACCCCGAAGCAAAUCAGGGAGGUGAUGCAGGUGGAUGGGCUCACAAACGACGAAGUGAAAAGCCAUCUCCAGAAGUACCGGCUGCACAAGCGAAGAUCGCCUGACGCGACACCAGUGAGCCAGCAGAUUGUGCUUGUGGGUGAUCUCUGGGCUCCUCAGGAGCAAAGCAGCUCACAGUCCGGGUCUCCUCAGGGGCCCCUUCAGUUGUCCGGCUCAGGGUCAGGGGUAGCCAUCUCUGCAGCCACCAUCGGCGGCGACAGCAGCAGCAGCGACGAGGAUGACUAGUCUGAAGGCUAUAGCCGGAAGUGAUUGUAAGGUUGUGUUUGCGAAAGAUAGGUUGAGAGUUAUAGAGAUAGCGUUGCGGGCGGCUUUUGCGCAUUGGUGGCAAGAACACAUUCAUCAGUCAUAGAGGUUGUAGUGCAGCCAGGCCAUGCAUACAAGGAUUUUGCACUGAGCGCCCAAGAGAUGAACUGAUCAUGAGUUGUGUUGUUGUGAUGUACAUGAAGAGAUGAUACCAGUUCCCUUGAGGCUUGUUUUGACUUCAAUUUCCGGGCAGAUCCAAAGUUUUCGCCCUGAGAAUCAUAUACACCUGGGAUUCACA